AUGUGGAAGGGAAAUAGUCCGUCAACUGCAAUCCAGGCCGCAGGCAUCCAAAAAGCGUUUGGUAUUUCGUCAGCGGUUAAUACCGCGAAGCCCACAGCAGCAGAAAUUCAGAUGACCAAAGACCUAGAGAAAACGCUACAAGCUUACCACAUGUUCCAAAGUGAAGCUGAUCACAGCCGCCGUGCGGAGAUUCUAAACCAGGUGAACGACUUAGCCAAACGGUGGAUUCGUGAUGUCGCAGUUUCCCAGAAUGUACCCAAGCCAGUGGCAGAUCGGCUAGGCGGGAAAGUUUUCUCGUUUGGCUCAUUCCUGUUGGGAGUUCAUCAUAAGGACGCAGAUAUAGAUGCUUUGUGUGUGGUUCCGUCAAUUAUUCAGAGGUCUGACUUCUUUACUUCGUUCUUUAAAUUACUAAAAGGGCAACCGCAGGUAACACAAUGUCAUGCCGUGGAGGAAGCAUUCGUGCCACUUAUCAAGAUGAAGUACAAUGGCAUAGAGCUGGAUUUGCUAUUCUCCCGUCUGGAGCUUGCGGAAGUACCAGAGAAUAUCGAUCUGCAAAAUAAUACGCUCCUGCAGAAUCUGGACCCACAAUCGAUGCGGAGUUUAAAUGGCAGGCGAGUGACUGAAGCUAUUCUACAAAACGUGCCAAAUGUUGACAACUUCCGUACAGUAUUGAGAACCGUGAAGGUGUGGGCGAAAAAUCAUGGAAUAUAUUCAAAUGCAUUGGGAUAUUUUGGAGGUGUGACUUGGGCGAUCCUAGUAGCCCGAGCAUGCCAAUUGUACCCUAAUGCCGCCCCAGCUACCUUGGUAUGCAAAUUCUUUAUGGUUUUCUCGAAAUGGAGGUGGCCACUCCCAGUGUUGCUUAAGCGCCCAGAUAACAUUGACUUUGGCUUUCCCAUUUGGGAUCCCCGGCUUAAUUUAUCCGAUCGCCAUCAUCUAAUGCCAAUCAUCACACCUACUUAUCCUCAACUAAAUUCUACGUUCAACGUCACCGAGUCAACCAAGAAAGUAAUACUGAGAGAGCUGGAAAGGAGCAAGACAAUCUCGGAGGAAAUAAUGCAAGGAAAAGCGAAAUGGGAUCACCUGUUCGAAGCACCAACUUUCUUUUACAAGUACCGUCACUUCAUUCUUUUACUGGUCAGCUCAAACAUAGCCGAAGAUCAUCUUAAAUGGCGUGGACUAGUUGAAUCAAAGAUACGACUCCUGGUUGGCAACCUCAGUCGUGAUAAGCAAAUUGCUUUGGCGCACCCAAAUCCAAAAUGUUUUGAUAUCUGCCGUCGAAGGGGUAAUAAACCCGACCAAUCUUUGGAGAAAUAUAUCGCGGCCCCAUUUUGUUCAAUGUGGUUUAUCGGCCUCGAAUUCGGGCAAGUGGACAAUUCAACGAUCAAUUUGGUCAGCUGCAUUGAAGCUUUCGGGGCGAAACUCCAUUCACACGCGGAGAAGAUACUUAAGGCUGGCAUGCAAAUUGAUGCUCGACACGUCAAACGCAAGGAUUUGAAUCAGUAUUUAGAACCGGAGAUUUUAAAACGAGAGAGGGAAAGUGCCGAGUAUCAGAAAAGCUGCUCAAGAUCCACUGUUCAAACAGGGAAGCGAAAGGCAAGAGAACCAUUGCUUCCACCCUCAAAGAAAUUGAAUGUUGAUCCGGUAGUUGGGCAGUCUGAAAACACGAAAUAA